CCGGAAGCAGCUCCCGAACGGGCGCUUCCCCGGCAUCUUCCGGAUAACGCGGGGUUGCUCUUCCCCGUCGGGAGGUCUCGACCCUAGAUUCUGUCCCCGUCCGGGAGCACCUAGGUCUGCUGCUCCUUGUCGGCCCCGAGACCCCUGCCUCCGGCCUCUUGACCACGCAGCACCGUGGUCCAAAUGUCUGCAAAAUUGAGAAAGUCCUCACUCCUUCCACAACCUUUAGAGGAGUCUGACAGCAUUGUGAUAGUGAAGAUGGAAGAGGAAGAGCAGAUCUGCGAUGUAGAUUCCAGCCCUGCCUGGAGCACCUGCUGCAGCCCGGAGACCUUCCGCCAGCGGUUCAGGCACUUUGGCUACCAGGAGUCCCCGGGACCCCGGGAGGCUCUGAACCGGCUCCGGGAGCUUUGCCGUCAGUGGCUGAGGCCCGAGGUGAACUCCAAGGAGCAGAUCCUGGAGCUGCUGGUGCUGGAGCAGUUCCUGGCCAUCCUGCCUGAGGAGCUGCAGGCCUGGCUGCGAGAGCACCGCCCCGAGAAUGGGGAGCAGGCCGUGACCAUGCUGGAGGAGCUGGAGAAAGAGCUUGACGGGCCAACUGAGCAGGUCUUUUUUGGACAAAAUGAGGACAUGCUUGCAGAGAAGUUGACCCCUUGGGAAAUUCAUCAGGAGUCACCAAAUAGCCAGAUCAAGCCCAUAAAGAAGCAGCUACCAUUAACCUCACAGGAGUUUCACUCAAGACAAAAAGCUAAAGACACCAAAACUAUCAUUGUGAAUCCAACUUUGGGGCAAAAGACUUCUCCAGCCAUAGAACUGCAUUACGAUAUUUCUGACACCCUUCCUAUGAAUGCUUCCCAGAGUUUCACAUAUAGAAGAGCCUGUGAACAAGAGAGCGGGUUUGAAAGAAGACAGAGAAACCCUUCUGGAAAAAAACAACAUAAGUGUGAUGAAUGUGGCAAAAUCUUCAGUCAGAGCUCAGCUCUUAUCCUACAUCAUAGAAUCCACAGUGGAGAGAAACCUUAUGCAUGUGAUGUGUGUGCAAAGGCUUUUAGCCGAAGCGCAGUCCUGAUUCAGCAUCGAAGAACUCACACUGGGGAAAAACCCUACAAGUGUCAUGAAUGUGGGAAAGCCUUUAGUCAGAGCUCAAAUCUUCUCAGACAUAGGAAAAGACACACUAAAGAAAAAGUCCCAUCAGUGUUAGACCAGAUCACACGUUUAUCACUGUCCUUAAACCUGCCUGUAUCAGGAAUGCUUCUGGAUGCAAAAUCCAUCUUUGAUGGUUUAAACAAGCAGGCACGAGUGCCGUCCCAGCUCCAGGAAUGGCACCCAGCAACGGCAGAUCCUUUACCAGGAAAAGCAGGUGAGGCAAGAGGCCUCGUCAAAACCCCAGAAGCAAUGAAGACCUGUCUCACAACAGCCUCCUUGGAAGACAGAGACCUGAGUGGCAAACAGCCUUACUACAGCUCCUCGCAAGCCUCUCCUGCUCUCACGUUCUGGGAGGACCACAAGGUGUUCUGCCAAGACUCAAAUCAGCUGCAGUUCAAGCCUCACCUGUGUGACCUAUGUUGCUGGUUGUCCAGCACUGAACUCUGGGUUCUCCGAGAGAGGCGCAAGGCCAAGCGCAGCCUCAAGGCGGUCAUUGUCGGCGCACCGCCCCUCCCCCGCCCGGAGCGCCUCUCCAUGGCAACGCGGGGCUUCGCCUCUCCCCGCCUCCUGGGACCCGCAGACCGGAAGCAGUCCGCGCCGGGGGCUUCUGGGAAACGGCUUGCGAGCGGCGUUUCUGCGUCUGCUUUGGACAGCGAAGCUGCUGCGGAUCCCGAGUUAGAGGCCUGGCGUCUCGCGGAGGGUUCUGGGACUCGUUUUGGGCGGAGGUGGGAGAGGGCGGGCCUUGCGCGGGGCCUGCCGGGGCUUGUAGUCUGGCUGGUCGCGGGCGGAAGUGCCGUGGCCCCUACGUUGUUUGGUCAGUGUGGCUUUUGGUCAUCCGAAAUCCGCCGCUGUGAGGGCGGCGACGAGGUGCUGGAGGACGUCGGGGCGGGGGCGGGGUUUGCAGUGGAACUCUGCGGGAGUGAAGCGAGAUCACCUGCGACGCGGCUCCCCGCCCAAACACGAGUGAUCGCAGGCCUGCCCACCUUGAUGUCUGCACAGUCCGUGGAAGAAGAUUCAAUACUUAUAAUCCCAACUCCAGAUGAAGAGGAAAAAAUUCUGAGAGUGAAGCUGGAGGAGGAUCCUGAUGGUGAAGAGGGAUCAAGCAUUCCCUGGAACCAUCUUCCUGAUCCAGAAGUUUUCCGACAGCGAUUCAGGCAGUUUGGCUACCAGGAUUCACCUGGGCCCCGUGAAGCUGUGAGCCAGCUUCGAGAACUUUGCCGUCUAUGGCUCAGGCCAGAGACACACACAAAAGAACAGAUCUUGGAGCUGGUGGUGCUGGAGCAGUUUGUUGCCAUCCUGCCCAAGGAAUUGCAGACGUGGGUUCGAGAGCAUCAUCCAGAGAAUGGAGAGGAGGCAGUGACGGUGCUGGAGGAUUUAGAGAGUGAACUAGAUGACCCCGGACAGCCGGUUUCUCUCCGUCGACGCAAACGAGAAGUUCUAGUAGAGGAGAUAGUAUCUCAAGAAGAAGCUCAGGGAUUACCAAAUUCUGAGCUCGAUGCUGUAGAGAACCAGCUCAAGUGGGCAUCCUGGGAGCUCCAUUCCCUAAGGCACUGUGAUGAUGCUGGUAGGACUGAAAAUGGAGCCCUAGCUCCAAAGCAGGAGAGUCCUUCAGCGGUAGAGUCUCACGAAGUUCCAGGCGCUCUCAAUAUAGGCGUUCCUCAGAUUUUUAAGUACGGAGAAGCCUGUUUCCCCAAGGGCAGAUUUGAAAGAAAGAGAAACCCCUCUCGAAAGAAACAACAUAUAUGUGACGAGUGUGGAAAACACUUCAGUCAGGGCUCAGCCCUCAUUCUCCAUCAGAGAAUCCACAGCGGGGAGAAACCCUACGGAUGUGUUGAAUGUGGGAAAGCUUUCAGCAGAAGCUCUAUCCUCGUGCAGCACCAGAGAGUUCAUACUGGAGAAAAACCCUACAAAUGUCUUGAAUGUGGAAAAGCCUUUAGCCAGAAUUCUGGGCUGAUUAAUCAUCAGAGAAUCCAUACUGGGGAGAAACCUUAUGAAUGCGUUCAGUGUGGGAAAUCAUAUAGUCAGAGCUCAAAUCUUUUUAGACAUCAGCGAAGACACAAUGCAGAAAAACUUCUGAAUGUUGUGAAAGUUUAAGAAAUUACAAAAAAAAAUCAGCACUCAGGUCUUUUUCUUCAGAAAUGAAGACAAAAUUAAAAACAUGAGAUGAUACAUAGUAGUUUUAUUUCCCUAUAUAGACUGUUAGAAAAUCCACUGGGAAAUAGAGAAAAUAUUCACCCACCAUUAUUUUAUUUUACCUUGAAAGAAAUAUCAUACCUGCCUAGAAACUGAAAUUUUAAACUUAAUUCAGGUAUUAAUACCUAAAUCUUCCAUGCGAUGUUUAUAUUAUUAUUUUUCCAAAUAAUGAACUACCUGAUUCUUUGUCCCUUAAGAGUUUCUUUUUUAGACAGACAUUAUUUCUGUGUUGAUCACUGAAAUGUUCUUUGCAAGGAUCCAUUCCCUUCUACAUUAAAAGGCAACAUAGGAAUUCUAAAAUCUGAACACCUAAACCAUUUUUUAAAAAGGUACCCUUCUGCUUCCUUUUACCUAACUUGAAUAUGCAUUCAGAAAAUAGAAGAUAAAGGAUGACCAAAAGCCUCAAAGUAAAAUGAGCCUUAAAACUCAGAUGAGACGUGAUGGUGGUAAAAC